UGCUGCCCCUUCCUCUUCUACUGCUACUUCAUCUUCUUCUUCUGCUGCUCACUUGCUUUGCAAAUUGCAGCAAAGCAGGUCUGCAGGAUUCUCCACAUUCCUUCUCCACCCCUUCUUCUUCUUCUUCUUUAUGGUUCCCCUUCGCACCUGCACUUGCUCCUGCGGUUUGGGUUUCCUCGCUUUGAAUCACCCGCCGACAUACGCAGGGCAGGUGUCGCCGUGGACCCAGGAUGCCGUAAAUUUGUCGGAAUGGGCAUCGAGUCUGCAUUUGCCUCCAGGAUUACCACUUGUGUAGCAUCAUCAUCAUCAUCAUCCUGGUCUUGUUCUCUUUCUGCCGCCUGCUGAUGAGGCGAGAGUAGUUCGUUUGUUCCGUGGUGACGAUUGGCGUUUGCUCACUUCUCAACAUGGACCACCUAGUUCAAAACCUGCAGAACGCGUACCAGGCUCUGAUAAGUGCGGCAUCGGAUGUGUUGGAUGCGAAGGGUACUGCCGAUCUCGCGAGGACCGCGAAAACAGAUGCUGCUUUGGAGCAGUUCUACAACAACUUGCAGUUGUUCCACGCUGCGUGUGAUCAGACUCAAGAGUUUGUGGAGUACUUGCAACUUAGAAUAGGGUCGGAGUGUUUGGUGGACGAAGCAACAGGCUCUGUGACGGCAAAAGUUGGAAAACCAGGUCAGGAUGCGGCAGACAACAGGGUGGCGAUUCCUUCCUUGAGUGCCCUGAGGUUGGAGCAAAUGAGCAAAGCAGUACGAUGGCUUGUUAUAGAAUUGCAACAAGGAGCUACAGCUGGAGACAACAGUGCUGCUAUGGAUAUCCGGACCGAAGAUGAUGCAAACCAAUAGAUUGUCAUCGCUUUGUUUAAGAGUAAGUUUGCUAAUAACUUUUGAAGGUGGAUUUUAGUCAUUUAGUUUCGUGGUAAGUGUUCCAUGGCGUUCAUGUGAUCAAACUUAAAACACAAACGCCAAGAAUGGCUGUGCUUUGAAAGGUAUCAGGGCCUUUGUAUUGAGCAAAUGGAACUGGUUUUAUAUAUAUGAUACAAAUGCUGUUUGUGAUAGCGA